CUACGAAUCGGGCCAGUUUCCCAUGUCAUGCCAAUAGGUUAUGAAGUCUAUGUCUAUCAUGAUGACAAAACUAAUUUUUAUUCAUAGUAGCGCCACAUCCGGCUGUGGAGCCACUGUUUGCAACCACUAAUUGGAUUUCUAUCGUCAUCAAUGGUGGCAAAAGUGUUAAACUGCAGAAUGGGAAGCUGACAAGCCGUCAAACUAAUUUUAGCCGGCUUCUUGAAGUGGUCUUAUUUUUGGAUCCACGAGUGAGACUUUGACGGCUCUCGCCACUUUUGCCGCUCGCAUCAGUAUUUUUUCACACAGCGCUCCGACAUGGCAGAGCCGACGUACGGCGCCGUGCCAUCCCCGGAGCCCGAUUCCUUGUCCUCCUCUUUCCUGGCAGUGGAGCAGCGGGCCGCCGUGGUUCUAGUCCUGGUUCUUCUGCUCUUCCUCGGCAUGCUGAUGGUGCGCUGCUUCCGGAUCCUCUUGGACCCGUACCGGAGCAUGCCAUCUUCCAACUGGACUGACUGCACAGAUAAGGACGCCUUGGACUACCGCAUCGUCUCCUGACAGGCGGUCUGAGAGAAGGUACCCCUUCUCUCUGCGAGCUGGCCAAGCAAAAUUCUCCUUUUCUCUUUGGGGCAUCCAUAUUGGACAACGAGGCACUCUGAAGUGACUUGAGCCACGCCCCUAAAGUCUUACUAACUGAACGUUAAUUGGAUUUUUUGGACCGAACGUCGGAAUCGACUCAACCGAGACUCGGAAUGAGUUGCGCCAAACAAAUGCCACUCUCAGCCCUAGCCGUCAAAUCAGCAUGAAGCGGGAGGGUUGAAUGAACGUUCAUUCACUGCCGAUUCUCUUCGUUCCAAUGGAUUGGAUGUGUACUAGUGAUAAACUCAUUGAAAUGGACAACAAAAUUAUGACUGGAUGCAACGCAAUUAGACAUCUAUCAUAAUCUUGGGUGACACGCUCUUUUUUAAUGGUGGUGCGUGCAGCUGGUGGCCAACUUGGGUAGGGCGACCAGCGGUUGGAAACUAAAUCUGGAAAAGGCCAUAUGGGCUCAAUGUUAUUUAUUAGUACUCCCCGAUACCAGAGAUAUCAUUUUAGUGUGCAAUAGGCAAGGGUGUAGGUUAGGUCUCAAAAUUGGUAGGGACGCCAUAACAGCAUAACCUGCAUGUACACUUUUUGAUGGGGACGGGGCAUUAAUAAGACCAAACAGAUUGGGUACAUUUCUCAAAAAUGGCUGGUU